AGCUUAGCCACUGGAAUGUCUGUAAUGACUGCUGACUCAUAUGGAUCGGUAUGAAACUAUAAGUAUGGCAUCUUCCUCCUCGAAGAAUACCAUGCAAGAAAUCGAUCGAACAGUCCUCAAAGCCUCAAGAAAGUCCUUGUUUCAUAUCAUUAUCACGGCUCACACUUCAAAGGAUCACUUCACUAUCUUACAGCUAACGUUUGCUCACCACAAUGGCACUCAAAUUCCAACCUGCUCGGCAGAUCGAUGGGCAAAGUACGAGCACUCCGGCUUUGGUCGCGCACGGUACCAAGUUGGACAUGGUGUACUCCGACUCACACAGCUCACAGAUGUGGUUUACAGCAUCGAAAAACAGAUUCGACGGCUGGGACUGGUUGAAAGCUCAGCAGAUACCAGGUCAACACACAUCGAUCCCCGCUCUGACUGUGUUCAACGAUACAUUGUUCAUGGUGUACAGUGACGCAAACAGUAGCCAGCUCUGGGUAUCUUAUUUUGAUGAUCCCGAAUGGUCAGAUGCACAGCAGAUUCCUGGACAAGGGACCAGUGUUCCCGCUAUCGUCGCUUACCAAGAUUACUUGUUCCUGGUGUACACGGACAGCAGUAGUUCUCAAUUAUGGCAGAGCCAAGGAGUCCAAAAUGAUGAUGGUUCCAUGAAAUGGUCCAACACAAAGCACAUCGAGGGGCAGCACACCAGUAUCCCCGCGAUCACGGUCUUCAAUGGCCGCGUGUUGAUGGUAUACUCAGAUGCCAAUAGUGCUCAACUCUGGACCACCCAGUACGAUGGGACAAAUUGGUCCACGCCUUCGCAAAUUCCAGGGCAGAGUACAUCCGUUCCGGCACUCACCGUCGUGAAAGAAUACGUCGUUAUGGUAUACAGUGGUGCUCAUGACUCACAAUUUUGGGUCACAAUAUCUCUUGACGGGGUCAAUUGGCAAAACCCCAGGCAAAUCGAUGGCCAGCACGGAUCUAUUCCGGCUCUCGCUACACUGGAAGACACUGUCUGGAUGACAUAUUCGGAUGCAAAUUCGUCUCAGCUCUGGGUGACCAGCGCCCAGCUGGCAUGACUGACAGCAGAGCGC